GCAAGAAUAAGCGCAAAUCGUCCGUUGCCGCCCACAACCUCAUGUCAGUCUCCACUCCAUUCGAGCAUCAGUCGCUUGGUAGCCGUCGUCGCUCGCGUGCGUCCACACCACACCGUACCGUCGUGUGCCUUCAUCAAUUAACCAACAUCGCAUUAGCCAUCGUGUGUGCUCAGACUCCUCUUGCUUGCGCUGUUGCGUUGCGCUGCAUAUAAACGAGUCGUGUAAUUAUGUCCGCUCAGCUGAGCGGUUUUCGGCCGGAGGGGAUGAGCUACUCGUCGUCCUAGGAGAAGCCCCUUCGACAGUCUAGAUUAUCAUCGUGUGUAUGCCUAUAUAGAUAUACGGAGUCUCGCCGUACGUAAUACUUACACUGUGCCGUACAGUAGAAAGAGAGGAAUAGACGAAGACAGAGUGCUCGUGUCUGUGUGUUGUGGUUUUCGCGCAGUGGACGAUAUAUAGUGUGGCAGAUAUAAAGCAGUGUAUAUCAUCAAAGUUGCCUCAAAAUGGUGGAACCGAUCUUCGACUAUCAGUUUCGCCUGAUUCUGAUCGGCGACAGCACCGUGGGCAAGAGCUCGCUGCUGAAAUACUUCACCGAUGGCAAAUUCGCCGAGUUAUCAGACCCAACGGUCGGGGUGGACUUCUUCGCGCGGCUCAUCGAAGUCAAAGAUGGCACGAGGAUCAAGCUGCAGCUCUGGGACACGGCUGGACAGGAACGAUUUCGGUCCAUAACAAAGUCGUACUACCGAAACAGCGUAGGUGCCCUCCUGGUCUACGACGUGUGCAACCGUACGAGCUUCGAGCACAUUCCCCGUUGGAUGAUGGAGGCCCGUCGUCACAUCGAGCCACACCGGCCGGUCUUUUGUUUGGUCGGCUGCAAGCUCGACCUUGUGACGAAUGGCGGUAGACGCGAAGUGUCUCGCGAAGAGGCCCGAGCUUUCGCCGACCAGUAUGGCGUCCAUCACGUCGAGACCAGCGCCAAGACCGGACUCAAUGUUGAGGAAGCCUUUCGUACCGUCACCCAGGAGGUCUACAAUCGGAUACAGAACGGAGAGUAUAAAGUGGAGGACGGCUGGGAUGGAAUCAAAACGGGAUUCGCCAGACCCGGUGGCUUGGACUUCAAUCUAGUCGAGGCGGAACCUGCCAAGAGCUCGUGCUGUUAGACACGAGACUGAGAGACUGUACUGUUCUUCGCUGUGGUUUAUUAUUAUUAUUUUUUAUUAAUUAUUGUUUUUGAUGAGGAGGUGGUUCGAUUUGUGUCCAGAGGAGGAAUAGGUGUACCACUCAUUCUUAAUUUUGCACCUAUCCAUUGAUUGAGCACGUUAUGUUGCAAUAAUCAAGGGUAUAAUACAUUUAAAUCAAAAUCACUGCGGCUUAUUUUAUGCUCGGUAAAGAUACAAUUUUUAUACAAGUCUAGUUAUUUCAGGGAAAUAUGACGAAUGGAUAAAUUGUACAAAACGAACAAAUUCGACAAUGUCAAUUAAGAAUAAAAAUGAGCUCAUAUCGAUCGGCGUUGUUGCGCCCGUUGGUAUUAUACCACAGACCGGGCGCCACGAGGCUAACAUAAAACGGUGUUUGUUUCCUUUUUAUCGAAAUAUACUUUGUGUGUUUGCAUAACUAUAUUUCAGAUACGUACAAAACUUUUAAUUGUACUAAUGUUAAAUUAGUCUAAAAAUUUAUUAUUUAUAACUUUAUUAUGUCAUAAAGUGCCAUUGUUCGAUCGAUAUGAGUACGUAAAAAUAAACAAGAAUACGUUGUACACAAUUUUUUUCUCUGGAUUGGUUUUUAUCUUUGAUGCGUCGAACGAGAAAGACAAAGCGUAAGAAUGCAUUAAAAACAUUGUGCAUCAGAGAAAGUCUGAGCUCCAAUGCAGUGAAACAUGUUUUUUUUAAACACAUCAAUCAAUUGUAACGGAAGCGAUCGUCGAUCAACUUUUAGAUAAUCAUGUUUUUUUGAUACUUGUAUGAGAUAUUUUUUAUUUUGGCAUGUUGAGCUCUUAUUGAGUACUUUUAAGACGUAGCAGACUACCGAAAAUUGUGGUGCAUUCUUACUCCGUUUUAGACAUCUUCAACCUGAGGAAGAGACUAUUAUAUAAAAACAUCGAUAAAAAUGUAUAGAAAUAAAUAUUGUUUUCAUUUUGUAUAUAGUUUGUAUAAAUGGAUCAGAUAAGAGCAUGUACCUAAUAAAUACAAAAAUGAUGCAUACAGCUCUCGCGAGAUCCAGUCGCGGCGCGUCUUCAUAAUUAUAAAUUCAUAGUGUUACAACAUCACGUUCGUAUUAAAGUAAAAAUCAAAAGUGUAUAGCCGCAUUGAAUUAUUUUUCUCUCGGGAUUCGGCAACAUAAUCCCUUGCGUAUUGAAUUCAGUUUUAGGAAAAACUAUUAGUUGGUUAUAACUAAGCUAAAACAAGUAAAGCACUGUUAAGUUUUUGUAAAAAAAGUAAUUAGUGGAUACACAAAAGUGUAUAUUUUUGAAAUCAUUGACGUUUUUGAGUUCGGGAAUAUAUACAAAUCGAAUUCACCGUAUAGUAGCAGCUAAUUGUAUGCAAAGCUUUGUAGAAUUUCAUUGAAUUUAAUCAUAUGAAAAAUCGAAAAGCGUUGUAGACAGCACAUUUUUUACAGCUUAAUUGUAACAUUUUUAAACUAAUAUAUUUUAUACCUAUUGGUCGAUACCAAUUAACGAUUAUAGAGCCUGUGAAAAGAUAAAGCGAAAAUUUGCGAAAUUCAUGUAGCUUCUAUUGCGCUUCACUGUCGCUCAAUAUAAAAACUGUGUUGUGCAACUAUCGGGGAAAAUAUUGUAUGUGAUUCAGCAGGAAUUUAUUCUACUUUCAUAUGAGCUCGUUUAAUUCUAUAGGCACAGAAAUAUUUAAAAAAAUUUGAUGAAUAAUUUUUCGGUGACGAAAUUAUUCUUAUAAGUCUCUCUAAAUAUUAUAUAUUGUAUAGAAAAACAUAUACAAAUAUUUUAAAACUUAGAUUAAUUGUUAUUAAUUAUAUUUAUAUUGCUAAUAAGUUAACUUAGCAAAAGCAAAUGGGUAUCAAUCCAAGUCACAAAAGUAGGAUUAUAAGUUGUUGAAUCUUGUCCGUAAAAAGCAUUAAAAUUUAAAAUGGAUCGUUUACGAAUUUACAAAUAUAAAUUACAUACAAUCAUUUUUUCUCGUAGACUACUAUAUUUAAAGUUGCGCGAAUGUCACCAUAGAAGACUCGAUUGGCUCGCGGAAAAAACUAAGAGUAGAAAGAAAAAUGUCGCAUUGCGAAGAAGAUUUAAACGGUAGGCUAGUGAAAAAAAUUUCUUAUACAAUAUCUUCAAGAACGUAAAAAGUUAAGGAUUAUAAGAAUAUGAGCAAUGUAAAUAAACAAGAACAAACCAUAUAAA